AUUGCCAUCCAACGCUUUGACAGACAAAAUUGUUACGCCCGCCCGCCGCGAUAAUUGCGUUUUUCUUUGUCCAAUUCUUUAUCAUUAAUAUCAAUUGAUAAGGAAUUUUUCACCGGUAAAAAGUUCUUUCUAAUGUUUGUGAAAAGACGUCUUUGUGCGCGAAAAGCAUUGCUAUCCGCUAACAUUUUCGGCGACUUUAUUACCCGCUAAACAAACGCUAUAUUCAUUAUGUAAGUGUAGCGUAUUUCGGUUCAAGUGUAGAGUAUUUGAACAUAAAAUUUUCCACGACGACGAACUUUGUUGACAUACUAUACUCGGAGGAAAGGGAAUAAGUGCAUCGAAUUAUUAGUUGUUCACAAUCAGGAACAAAGAACAGUUAUUAACUGGAGUGGUGCGCACUUUAAUAGAAACAACGAUCCGGGCCCGGAUUGGCGAAGUGUGAAGAUGAGAUUUACGACCGCAGCGAUUGCACUGAUAGCAUUUAUUGUUAUCUUCUCGAUUUUUGUGGCCAACGUUGCAAAUCUGGUGGGCAUAGACACCAAACUGGCCAGGCGGCUCGAUGAUGCGUUUAGUAAGGGUCAACAGCAGCAAAUGCGGAAUAACGGUGAACGGCUUAAGCUCGACGAUAAACCAAACCAGUUGAUGUGGUUUCUGCAGAUUUCUGACAUCCACAUCAGCUUGUAUCUGGACCCAUCGCGUGUUCCACACCUGAUUGAGUUCUGCAACCGCACGGUGGACAUCAUCCGUCCCUCAGUCGUUUUGGCUUCCGGGGAUUUGACCGAUGCAAAGACGGCGAACUUCCUCGGUUCGCAGCAGCACGAACAAGAAUGGCGAUGGUACCGGGAUGUCCUUCGCGAUACAAACGUGCUUAACAAAACGACCUGGUUGGAUAUCCGAGGAAACCACGAUAAUUUCAACGUACCGGCUCUGCAAGCCAAGCAAGAUCUUUUUACGAAUUAUUCGGUACAGGGUCGUGUAAACCCCCGAUCCUACAUGCACCAGGUCGUUAAGGACGGUGUUCGGUAUAGCUUCAUAGGGGUAGAUGCUUGCCUAGAUCCCGGACCGAAAAGGCCGUUCAACUUCGUCGGAAUGUUGUCGAAAACUGAAACGCAACAUAUCAUCAAUCUGGCAGAGAAAUCCAGAACCAUGGACACCAACUACACGAUCUGGUUCGGUCACUACCCUACUUCUUGCAUUCUGACUCCGGGUUUGGGCACCAGCGGAAUAAGAAAACUGAUAAGCAAAUAUCAGGAAGGAUACGCCUAUUUAUGUGGACAUUUUCACAAGCUAGGGGGAGCGGUUCCUCAAAUGUACACCCUACAAAACGAAGGCUUUCUUGAGCUGGAACUUGGAGACUGGAUGAAAAAUCGAAUGUACCGUUUGGCUGCAUUCGAUCAUGGCCAAUUUUCAUUCGUGGACCUUCAACACAACCAGUGGCCAGUUGUUUUGAUAACCAAUCCAAAGAAUGCACUCUUCAACAUUCCUGGAAAAGAAAAUUUAAGACUUCCACAGGAGUCCAGUCACAUUCGAUUGUUAGCCUUUUCGCCGGCAAAAAUUUCCGAGUGUCAGGUGAAAGUCAAUCAGGAGGAAUGGGUCGAUUGCAAACAGACCGGCAGGGAAUUAUUUGUGGUUCCCUGGAAUCCUAGCAGGUAUUCGAUGGGAAUUCAUCGAAUCUCGGUGUUUGUUCGCGAUGAGGAUGGUCGUUAUCGAGUUAUCGAGCAGGACUUUACUUUGGACGGAUCAAGAAAGAAGUUCAGCACCCUGGCUCGACUUGUGCUCAUGUACGACACAAACAAAAUCUUCCAAAUUUUCUUCAGCAUCGCUUUGAUUUCCUGUUUGGUACCACUGUGUAUAUUCCGGAUUUGGCACACAAUGGUUCAACACGGUGCCGUCAACAGACCACGCUUUCGGAGUUACUGCUUUCGUAGAUGGAUUCGAAAAUUCUGGAUUCUUUCUACCGUCGAUCGACUGGUGUUCCCCCUCAUCGGAUACUGCCUAUACUUGACCUGUGGUCCUUGGUCUUUUGGGGAGGUUAUAGACGGGCAUAUAGGGAUCGUUUUCGUGUGGGGCAUCUUCGUAAAUGGCGCUUUCCUACCCGGAACCCUUACGUAUUUUUACGGUUUCUUCCAGCUGAUGUUUUGCCAGUUUCCGCUAAUCAUAAUCUACGCUAAUAACGUUGUCAAAAGGUUCUACCGAUCGCCGAGCGGUGAAAAGAAGCUAAACUGCGCGGCAGCAUCUUGGGCAAAUCUUCCAUUUAUCCUAAUAAUGGCAGUCGAGCUGAUACUGGCGCUCAUCUUCUGGAACGCGUACGGUACGCUGGCAUUCAUAAUAACCCCGUUGCGGACCUGGUCGAUAGUACUAAACAUUGUGCUGUGGUAUCAGUCAAAAAAUGUACCUGAAAAGUGUCUUCGAUCGGCCGGGACCGUUUGGGGAGCUCCUUCGUCGCCUUCUGAUCCCAAAUAAACACCUAGUUCAGCUAAUGCCGUGCGGCUUCUGUUGUUCCCAUUGAACGAACAAUGAUUCCAGUUUGGCUUAGGCUAACGCAAAGUUGGACCCUAGGAAUUGAGUGUUUUUGCCAUUUCCCGUGCACUUGUAUUAAUUUUAGAUGAAACGAAAACGAGGUUUAAAAAACGGAUAUUUAUUUUUUAUGUUACGUCUCGACUGAAGAUAGUUUAUUUUAAAACAUUCUAAGCAAAGCUUUAUUUUAACUAUAGAUAUUUUUUUAUCGAUAAGCUUGUGAACAUUAAUAACUGUGAAUUUGAUAAGCAAAAUUGGCACGCUACCGUCUGAUAAAAACCCUAUACAAUCAACCACCGAACACAGUCACUAAAGGCUGUACCAAGAAUACUAGUGCAAUAUGAAUGGAUAAAUGAUUUCGUUUCGAGUGAUACACAUUAAUUAUUAGUAGUCUAAUUAAAAGUAUUUGUAACCAGUAAAUUCGUGUACUUGUAUUCAUGUAUAUCCAAAUAAAUACAAAUUAU